AUGAACGUCCACGCCCUCAGGCGGCCUCUCGGCUGCCUCAAGACGGCCCUCCGUCAGACACGCCAACAAAAGGCCCUGCCCCUCGCCCGCUCCCUCGCCACAGCCGUCGAAACCACAACACCAUCAGCAGCAGCCUCAUCACGACCACCACCGCCGCCGCCUGCCGGCACGAAACCCAUCAUCAACACCAAGCCCCCCGGCGUCACGCACCACCGCCACUUCGCCCUCGCGCCGCCCGUCCCCUCGAUCCGCAAAACCCACCCAGACCCCCUACCCGCCCUGACGGCGGCGCAGCUCACCAAGCUCGACCCGACGGGCGCCCGCACGCGCCUCUUCGACCGCACGCGCCCCGACGCCGCCAAGGCCGGCGACGUCCUCCUCGUGACGACCCGCACCGGCGAGCCCUUUGCCGGCGUCUGCCUGUCCAUCCGCCGCCGCGGCGUCGACACGGCCAUCCUGCUGCGCGGCCAGCUCAUGCGCGUCGGCGUCGAGAUGUGGCACAAGAUCUACGCCCCGACCGUCAUUGGCAUCGACAUCAUCUGGCGCCGCCCCAAGCGCGCCCGCCGCGCCCGCCUCACCUACAUGCGCCAGCCCAAGCACGACAUGGGCAGCGUCGCCCACCUCGUCCAGGCCUGGAAGAAGGAGCGCUACGCCAUGCGUGGCAAGGGCAGGGGCGCCAGCGCCGCCAAGACGGGCGGCCAGGUCGGCACGAGGUUCUGA